CUCUUAUUUGAUAUCAGAGAGCCCAAUGGAGCCUUCUGAAGUACCCACUCAGAUUAGCAAAGAUAAUUUUUUAGAAGUUCCUAAUUUAUCUGAUUCUGUUUGUGAAGAUGAAGACGUUGGAGAUACCUUCAAGCCCGGCUUCUCUCCUCAACCCAGUAGGCGAGGUUCUGAAUCUUCUGAAGACAUGUACCUGGACACCCCAACUUCAGGUACCAGAAGAGUUUCAUUUGCUGACACCUUUGGAUUCAAUCUUGUGUCCAUUAAAGAAUUUGAUUGCUGGGAAUUACCGAGUGUUUCAACCAAUUUUGACUUAAAGAAGGAUGUUUUCCAUACUGAAGAGUAUGUACUAUCUCCACUCUUUGAUUUGCCUUCUUCAAAAGAAGAUCUCAUGCAACAACUUCAAGAACAGAAAGCGAUAUUAGAGUCAACUGAGUAUCUUCCUGGGUCUACAAGUAUGAAAGGCAUUAUUCGAGUUUUGAAUAUUUCUUUUGAGAAGUUAGUAUAUGUGAGAAUGUCCUUAGAUGACUGGCAGACACAUUAUGACAUUUUAGCAGAAUAUGUUCCUAAUUCAUGUGAUGGUGAAACUGAUCAGUUCUCCUUUAAGAUUUCAUUAGUUCCUCCUUAUCAAAAAGAUGGCAGUAAAGUUGAAUUUUGUAUACGUUAUGAAACUUCUGUUGGUACAUUUUGGUCAAAUAAUAAUGGCACAAAUUAUGCACUGGUUUGUCAAAAGAAAGAACAAGAGCCAGAGCCUGUGAAGCCACCGGAAGAAGUUUCUAAUAGACAAAUAAAAGGCUGCUUAAAGGUAAAAUCAAGUAAAGAAGAAUCAUCAGUAACAUCAGAAGAGAAUAACUUUGAUAAUUCAAAGAUUACAGAUGCUUAUAUCCCAAGAAUCGUUUGUUCUCAUGAGGACAAGGAAGACUUGGAAACCGGUAAUCAGAAUGUAAAAGACGUAAACAGGGAACAUGAUGAACAUAAUGAAAAAGAAUUAGAGUUGAUGAUAAAUCAACGCUUACUAAGAACUGGAAAUGCCACUUCAAGAGUCGAAAAGAACACAUUUUCAACAGAUCCAGUUGAUUUCCCAAAUAAAGCUGAGGGGUUAGAGAAGAAGCAAAUUCAUGGUGAAAUAUGCACUGACUUGUUCAAAAGGCCUUUGUCUCCAAGUUCAUCAGCAGAAAGUUCCUUAAAGGGAGAUUUUUACCACAAUAAAAAAUAUUCCUUUGGAAAUGAGGAUAGUCAUCCAGCUUCAGAGGAAAUUGCUUCAGAUUUGGGAAAAAUCAAGUCAUCACUGGGAGAAACCAGUAGUGAUGAAUUAGUGCAAUUACAUACUGGCAGCAAAGAAGUUCUAGAUGAUAAUGCCAAUCCAGCCCAAGUGAGUGGCAGAGUACAAAUAUUCUGUCCCUCCUCAGAUCGACUAUUGUCAGAAAACCUUAACAAGAAUCAUGAAGGAGGAGUUAAGAAAAUUGAAAUAACAGAUUGGGAAUGUUCAAGAAGAGAUUUCCAUUCAGAUACAUCCACAUAUCUGGUAGAAUCAACAGAAAACGUAUCUUCCAAAGAAAGUUAUAGCAACAGUAUGGAUGAGAAGAAACGAAGAAUACACUUAGGUGCUCAUGAAAAACAAAGCAAAAAAUUUCAGUCAAUCUUACAUGACCAAGAAGGAAAGAUGGGCCACUCUGAAAUAAGUGUAGAAGGGUUGGAAGCUAGGAACAGAGACCUAGUUCCUGUGCUAGGCAAAGAUACUACAGUUCUGGCCCAGACAAUCACAGCAGACACUUUUCCCUCAUCAAGGAAAAAUCCAAAUUGUGAAGACGUUGUAUUCACAAGUCCAGCAAGAGAUGAAGGCACUCCUUUAGAAGGGAUAGCCAGUCAAGCUUGCUCACCAAGAAAUGGAAAUGGUUUAAGGGAAGAUUAUCUUUUCCAAAUUGAAGAAGAAAAAUCAGGUUGGAUUAAUCCUGAAGAUCAGAAUAAGAAUAAACAGCCUAAACAAUAUUGGAAUGUUCUGGAAAGUCAGGAAAAAGCAAGAAAGAGUGAGAUAAAUAUAGCUGAGCAGAUCAAAGAACAAGCAGAUUGUGAAGACAUGUGCAGAAAAAGAGAUAACAUUAGGAGUUUGAAAGCUACUCCUAGGGAAGAAUUGUUUACCUGCCAAGAAACAGAGCGUUACGAACUGUCUUCUCUAGCUGAUCAUGGUAUUACUGAGAAAGCAGAAGCAGGAACAGCUUAUAUAAUUAAGACAACAUCAGAAAGUACUCCAGAAAGCAUGUCUGCUAGAGAGAAAGCAAUAAUUGCUAAGCUACCUCAAGAGACAGCACGAAGUGACAGGCCCAUCGAGGUAAAAGAAACAGCGUUUGAUCCACAUGAAGGGAGAGAUGAUGAUUCACAUUAUACCCUUUGUCAACGAGAUACAGCAGGUGUAAUCGAUGACAACGACUUUGAAAAGGAGUCACGUUUAGAUAUUUGUAACGUACACGUAGAUGAAAUGGAGAAGGAGGAAACCACAUCUAUGUACAAUCCCGGGAAGGCACACGACAGGGAGAAAUGUGGCACUGGAAAUAUCACAUCAGUUGAAGAAUCUUCACAGGCCAUUACAGGCAAUCAAAAAGCAAUGUCAAAACUGAAUUUACAGUUCGGAAUGUUGUCAACAGACAAAAAAAAAAUCCCAGAAAAUAGAGAUCUUGGACAGGUAAAUAAAACAAAUUUAGAUGCUCUGGUUUAUUCUGCUUUUAACUCAGACACUAGCAGAGCUUCUCAGAAUGUUUCCAGCCACCAGACUAAAGUGUCAGUGCCAUCUUGUGAACAGGCAAUUGCUGUAGAGAGUAUAACGGCGACCAUGACUCCCCAUUCUGUUCCUACCAAAUCAGAAUAUAAUUGUAAUCCAACCGAUGAAACCCAGGAUCACGCUGUGCCUAAACCCAAAGAAUUUUCCAAAAGUUCAGAAAUAAUGAUAUCAGAUGGUAGAAAAGAAAGAUGUAUAGGCCAGAAUUUUCAACCAGGAGAAUGCAGGAUGGGAAAGUCUCUGGGGCCAAUGAUUUUAAUCAGUGAGCCUCUGGAGAACACAGAAGAGGAAAGGCAUGAAAAUGAAGGAUUAAUAAACUCUGGACAGUCGCGAUGCUCUUCUAGUAUCAAAGAAUCUGAUAGCUCUGCUUCUGCUAGUCUCUCUGUCCAGGAAAGUCAAGCUCAAAGCAAUGAGUCUCUACUCUCAAAAUACACCAGCUCUAAAAUAUCUUAUUUCCUUUUGUUUCUGAUAUUUCUUGUAACCAUCUAUCAGUAUGACUUAAUGAUAGGCUUGGCAUUCUACCUUUUAUCAUUGUACUGGCUGUACUGGGAAGAGGGGAGACAAAAAGAGUCUGUCAAAAAGAAGUAACCUUGGCACUUAUUAUUAUUCUCUCUUAAAAGAUAAGCUAUUUAGCCCCAAACAUUUGGAUUGGUGAAAGAGACUAUUCAUUGUUCAAAGAACCAGUGCAGUUUUUCUCUUGAAGGAUCAUUUAAAAAGGAAUGCGUAUGAAGUUUGCUCCUUCAUAUCAGUAAUUAUUCUAUAUAGGACCAUUAUGUUUGGAUCAUUAAAUACCUAUAUGAAUAUGAGAUCUGAAGCACGUCAAGUUGAAAUUAGGUACAGCUGUUGCUCCUUAGCAGGCUAUGAAGUCGCAAUGCUUCACGUCUCUUCACUACUUAAAGUGCUAUUUCUUGCAUUCAUUUCUUUUGCAGUAAAGCUUCAUUUUUUUUUUUUUUCCCUGAGAGCACUUUUCCCCCUAUGGCUUUUAAAAAUAGAUAAAACAUGAACAAUGAAAGAAGAUUUUUUUUCUUUUGGUCCUUUAAACUUGACCACGAAAUUUGCAUUUACUGCUGUAUCAUUUAUCAGUACAUACUGAUAGAUCAAAUAUUUUAAAUUUCAUUUCAUAAUUAUAAGAAAAAAACCAUGCAUAUUGAAAUAUGUAAACUUAAAUUGAAAAAGCACACACAUUAUAUUCACGUGAUUUAGACUUCAUACGCACACCUUAUACCUUUUUAUGCCUAUGAAGUCAGGGUGUUCAUAAGCCAAAUUUGACCAAGACUGAAACAAUUGGAAAAUUAUUUCUCAAUUCUGAAAAAUUUUGUGGAUGGCCUGUCUUUAAGUGAUGUUUUUCUCUUAUAAAGAGAAACUGUAACAUAGUUGAACAAUUUCAAUGUCAACUAUUAUUCAGAGUGGAAAAUUUAAAUUAAAAGUUCCACAAACAUUGUUUCAGAAUGACUUUGUACCUAUAAAACAUAAGGCAUUAAAUGAUAAUAAUAAAAAAGAUAUCCAAAUGAACUAUGUA